AUCUCAUCGUUCCUCAACCGUGUCCAUCGAAACAAAAAUCCCAUGUCUUGGAGCGCAGCACUACGAAGCUGCCUUCAAUUAUGGUAUGCAACUGAAAAUUCUCUCGACGUGAGCUCUACGAAGCUAUCCUCAAUUAUUGUUUGACGAAAUUUGGAAAUUUUAUGGAGUGCAACUGAAAAUUCUCUCGACGUGAGCAAUACGAAGCUGCCUUAGAAUAUUCCUGGACAAGCCUUAAGUCUGAAAGAGCUUCUCUAAGAUUUCUGCAAAGCAAGUGUUUUCUAAUAUUAGUUUGCGAAACUUAUGGCAGCAAUUAUGCUCCCCUCGGCUCUCGCUCUCUUUUCGUUCAUUCUCACGCUUUUGCUUUUCAUUCUCCACUGCACUUCCGUUUCGCAAGACGGGAUGAUUUUGCUUAAAAUCAAAAAGGAGAAUUGGAGGGACCCGCGUAAUAUUUUGAGCAGCUGGAACGAGGCUCACCAAAAUCCAUGCAGUUGGAAAGGAGUCUCUUGUGAUACAUUCCACUCAGUUACGACUGUUAAUAUCACGGGUGCCUGCAUUUCUGGCAACUUGACUUCUGCUAUAUGCGGCCUUCCUAAUCUCACGGCCUUGAUAUUCCAAACCAAUUCUUUCAGCGGGCCCUUUCCACGUGGCCUUCUACAGUGCGAGGGUUUGCGGUUGCUCGAUUUGUCGAGCAAUCAGUUCUCUGGAACGCUGCCCAUUCGUAUCUUCGAAUUGAGCGAGUUGAGAGUGUUGAACUUGGGAGAUAAUGCUUUCAGAGGCUCCAUUCCUCCAGCCUUCGGAAUGCUGAAAAAGCUUGAAGGUCUCUUCUUCCACGGCAAUAGUUUGAGUGGAGCAUUCCCUACUUUUGUUGGGAAUUUAGUUUCUCUCAGGAACUUCACGAUAAGCAAUAAUCCUCUGCUUCCUGGUGUGACGCCCAAAGAGCUUGGCAAUUUAAAGCAGCUGCAGCAGUUAUGGCUAUAUAACUGUAGUCUUGAGGGCGGAAUCCCAGAAGUCUUGGGCAAUUUAACGGAGCUGGAGUCGUUGGAUAUGUCAAUGAAUCGGCUGUCAGGAGAUAUUCCGAGCAGUUUAAUGGCUCUGUCGAAUUUGAGAGUACUGACUCUGUCUGAAAACAAUUUGUCUGGACAAAUUCCAGCCACCAUUGGCCAACUGAGGAGCUUGUCCAGUUUGGAUCUUACCGACAAUCAGCUUCACGGCACAAUUCCGCAGAUAAUUGGGAAUCUGACAUAUCUUGAUACUCUUAUUUUUUCUUCCAAUCGGCUUACCGGAGAGAUACCAGCUCAGCUCGGCGAGCUCCGGCACUUGAGAGUGUUUAUGGUGGACGGGAACCAGCUCAAUGGAUGGUUGCCCCAGAGUUUGGGUACAUAUUCCAAUCUCCGUGACGUUGAAGUGUUCGAAAACAAUUUGGAAGGCCCUCUGCCAAAGAACUUGUGUAUGGGAGGGGCGCUUUUUAGCGUUGAUGUCUCUUCAAACAAUCUCAGCGGUACUGUGCCUUCCUCCUUGCAAAACUGCACGUCUCUAACGGCUCUUCUUGUCUACAACAACCAGCUGAGCGGUGAGUUUCCUCCUGGGCUUUGGGAUUCUCUCAAUCUCAAUUAUUUAUAUCUUGGCAACAAUAAGUUUGAAGGCAAGAUUUCAGCUAAAAUUGGUGGAGCGAAGAAUCUGAAACGAUUGAAAACAAACAACAAUUUGUUUGAAGGAAGACUUCCUGCACAAGUUGGACAGCUGAAAGAACUUAUGUAUUUCGAUGCCAGCAAGAAUCGGUUGUCAGGCCCCAUUCCUCACGAGCUCGCGGGCUUAAGUUCGGUCAGUACUCUAAAGCUGGACCAUAAUUUUCUGUCAGGAGAAAUUCCCAAAGAAAUAAUGUCGCUGAAGAUGCUGAAUCAGCUCUAUUUGGAUCACAAUCGGCUUACAGGCGAAAUCCCUGGACCUCUAAAUCACAUGACAAAUCUUGAUCUGUCAAACAAUUUGCUCUCUGGCGGAAUUCCUCUAGAGUUAGGACGCCUGAGACUGAAUGUUUUCAAUGUGUCCAACAAUAACUUGUCUGGACGCAUUCCUGACGGUCUAGACAAUCUAGUUUUCAAGGAGAGCUAUCUAGGCAAUUCGAAGCUAUGCGGGGCUCGGUAUGUGAUGCUACCCCCGUGUUGGUCUCCUCAUAAGUUGUCAUCAUGGAGAUUAGCUACCAUUCUGUUGCCACCGUUAUCUAUAGCGGUCGUGGCCUUGUGCUCCAUUUGUCUGUAUCGUUCAUCUUUCAGGAAGCCAAGAAGCACACCGUUGUGGAAAGUAACUCUAUUCUCCUCGACAGAAGUGGACGAGUUACACAUCCUCCGCAAUUUGAAAGAGAGUAACGUGAUUGGAUCCGGAGGUGCUGGGAAAGUUUACAAGAUCCUUCUGCAGAACGGGCAAGUGGUGGCAGUUAAGAAGAUCUGGAACACGAGCGGAUUGGAAAAAAAAAUUAUGAGAAAAGCUGAGCAAGAAGAGAAUAAAGUCGGGGAAGUAGAGGUAGAUGCAAUGGGACUCAUCCGGCACACCAACAUCAUAAAGCUGCUGUCUUGCAUUUCAAGUGAAGAGUCUAACUUUAAGCUGUUGGUAUACGAGUUCAUGCCAAACGGCAGCUUGUUCGACCGUCUGCACGAUGGUCCGGGAUCACAUAUGGUGCUGGAAUGGCCGAUGCGUUAUCGGAUUGCUCUUGGCGCAGCUCGAGGGCUUUGUUAUAUGCACCAUGACUGCUUCCCUCCAAUAUUGCACAGGGAUGUGAAAUCCAGCAACAUUUUGCUAGACGGCGAUCUGGGAGCUAAAAUUUCAGAUUUCGGCACUUCCAGAGAGCUUGACAAGCUGGGCAACGAGUAUACGGUGUCUUUUUAUGUAGGGUCGCAUGGAUAUAUAGCCCCAGAGUAUGCGGAAAGGCUAAAGGUGAACGAGAAAAGUGACGUGUACAGCUUCGGAGUGGUGGUCUUAGAGCUUGUGAGCGGUAAGAAAGCUACAGGUGAGGCAGAGUAUGGAGAGGAGGAGCACAUCGUAACUUGGAUCCGCAACACAAUUCGGAUGGGCAGGGAAGAGAUAGAAGUGCCGGAUAAACGUGCGGUGAAAGAUAAUUGCAUAGAACAAAUGAUGCGCGUCUUACGUGUGGGUUUGAUUUGCACUCACAGACAGCCGAAACGGCGGCCUUGUAUGAAAGAAGUUGUGGAAAUGUUAGUGGCGUGUGGUGGGGACAAGCUGAAGGAGAAAGAGCUAAAAUAAAACUUGAGCUUCUGGAAAGGAUUUCAUGUACCCAAUCCGAGAGUGAGAACGAGGUCGCUUACUUUCCAGAUUAACACUUUUCAAUGCUAGAAUGACAAGGUAACAAUUCAACGCUUAAACAAGGAGAAGUAUCUAUGCAGCUUAUAGGAUGCUCUUUUGAUCGUGAUUAUUAAGGUCAUGUAAUACAUAUAAUUGGUUACUAUUAGAGUUUAGAUCCUAAAUUUGGCUACGAUCUCUUUAUGUUAUAUAUA